GAAAACCAGAUAGAAAGAGGAAAUUCAGGGAUGGAAAAACAAAGUGAAGACCGACAACCAAAUAACUCUGAAAGAAAUGCAAAAUGGUGGUACUCUACUUUCCACAAUGUCACUGCCAUGGUUGGAGCUGGUGUUCUUGGUCUCCCCUUUUCCAUGGCAGCCCUUGGAUGGGGUCCAGGUUUGAUUAUACUUAUCCUUUCAUGGAUCAUCACUCUCUACACCCUGUGGCAAAUGGUUGAGAUGCAUGAGAUGGUUCCGGGAAAACGUCUUGAUACAUAUAAUGAAUUGGGCCAACAUGCGUUUGGUGAAAAGUUAGGGUUGUGGAUUGUGAUGCCUCAACAACUUGUGGUACAAGUUGGGGUGGACAUUGUCUACAUGGUCACCGGAGGUGCAUCAUUGCAAAAAUUUCACAAUACAGUUUGUCCAAGUUGCAAACCAAUCAAAUUGAGCUUUUUCAUUAUGAUCUUUGCCUCUGCUCAAUUUGUAUUGUGUCAUCUACCCAACCUCAACUCCCUUUCUAGUGUAUCUUUUGUUGCAGCAGUUAUGUCCUUUUGUUACUCUGCAAUUGCUUGGGUUGGUAGUGUACACAAGGGAGUACAAGCAAAUGUACAAUAUACUAGCAAAGCCACGACUAGUGCAGGAUCUGUCUUUAAUUUCUUUAAUGCACUUGGUUCUGUUGCUUUUGCCUAUGCAGGACACAAUGUGGUGUUGGAAAUUCAAUCUACAAUCCCAUCUACACCUGAGAAACCAUCUAAGGGUCCAAUGUGGAAAGGAGUUAUCUUUGCCUACAUGGUUGUUGCUUUGUGCUACUUUCCUGUUGCUAUUAUCGGUUAUUAUGUGUUUGGCAAUGAGGUUAAAGAUAAUAUCCUCAUGUCUUUGGAAAAACCAGCUUGGCUUAUUGCAAUGGCUAACUUUUUUGUGGUUUUACAUGUCAUUGGAAGCUAUCAGAUUUAUGCAAUGCCGGUGUUUGACUUUAUUGAAAAUAAAGUGUUGGUGGAGAAAUUGAAUUUCAAAUCAAGUAAAAUCCUUCGUUUUGUUGUGCGUAAUGUAUACGUGGCAUUAACAAUGUUCUUAGCCAUUACCUUCCCAUUUUUUGGUGGCCUCCUGGGAUUUUUUGGAGGAUUUGCUUUUGCUCCAACAACAUAUUUUCUUCCAUGUAUCAUGUGGCUUAAACUCUACAAUCCAAAGAGAUUCAGCUUGUCUUGGUGGAUUAAUUGGAUAUGUAUUGUUCUUGGGGUAUGUAUAAUGAUUCUAGCACCCAUUGGAGCAUUGAGGAGUAUUAUCCUUGAAGCCAAGUCCUACCAGUUUUACUCUUAAACUCCUUGACAAUGAUGAUGUCUAUUUUCUCUAUGAUUGAUUUAUUUGCUGCCAAUAAACUAUCUAUUUUCCAAUUUCAAUGUACAUAAUUGAGUUUCAAUUGAAGAACAAAUGAAGGAAAUUGCUUGUAUUCAAUGAUAUUUUUUGUGUGUGGAAGAUUCAAUGAUUUUUUUUUCUUGCUUAAAUGUUUUAAGUGAAGCUUUUUUU